AUGGAGAGCGAUCAAAGCUCCUUUGGAACUGAGCUUGGUACCUUAGGAAAAAAAUGGAGCAGAGCUUACCGCGCAUGUUUGAAUUGCAAAGCUCGGAAAAUCAAAUGUGAUUUGGGUCCACCGGACAAUCCUCACGAUCCCCCUUGCCUUAGAUGUAAAAGAGAACGGAAAGAGUGCGUUUUUCCAAGCCCUAAUGCUCAGCGAAUUUCGAAGAGGAAGCUUCAGGAAGUUGAAGACAGUCUAAACAAUAGUGAUACUUUGAAUAAAUAUGCGAAGUACUAUGAGGCCGAAGGUUCAUCGAUCUCACAACGAGAUUACAGAGGAGAUCGUUCCGAUUGUCCGUCCGUUUUGGGUACAAUGCAAGGAGCCUUGGAGUUUCUGGCGAAAGCAGCAGCAUCGGUCGCGAAACAGGGUUCCAAAUCUAAAUCAGAUUUAGCUGCUGAUUGUAACUACAUUAAACUCAAAUGCACUAAAUUUAACAAAAUGUUGACAGAAGAAAUCGACGAGAAGACGCCGUAUUUUGAUGGUGAAAGUUCUGAGGACUGGACUCUCUCCAAAUCAACCAACUGUGAUGGAGUUUCUAGUUCGUCCACAUCGUUUAUUGAUGACUUGAGAUCGAUGAAGUCAAAACGACAGGCGAUUCAUUCCGAUAUCGACUACAUCGGGCCCGAAAAGCUACUUUCCAGAAACGAAGCCUGUGCAUUCAUUGAUGUUUUCUUCACCGUCAUGCAUCCCUUUUAUCCAUAUGUGCCGCUGCAGCUUCACAAUUUCGCAGCACUUCAGGAAUACCCAAUUUUACUAGUAGCUAUAUUAACAAUAUCAUCGCGGUAUCAUAGCUUUGGAGAACUCGGGCUGGAGGAUAACAACAACCACAAUAGGCCCAGAAAUAUUGACGUGCAUGAAAAACUUUGGACACACUGCCAACGACUUAUGUCUCGAACUGUGUGGGCUGAAGCCAGUACGCGAUCUAUAGGUACUGUCUUGGCUUUACUACUUUUCACAGAAUGGAAUCCAAGAGCGGUUCAUUGGAGGCAUUCGGACUAUGCAAACAGCGAUGACAUUCACAGCAAUAAGAAUUCGGCAAUAGACUCGACCGACCAUGAAUGUUUAACGGGCCAACGUGUGUUAAGAAGAAGCAAUCGCAUGGCCUGGAUGCUGUCCGGAACAGCUGUUAGGCUUGCACAAGACAUGGGGUUUUUGAAAUGUAGCUCAAAAAUAUUCGUGGCAGCGCAUGCUUCAGAGAUUAAGUCGGCUAUAACCAUGAAUCAACCAAGCAACCUACUGAAUUCGCUGUCCGAAAUUGUUCUCAACGCACAUGAGAAAUUUUCAGAUGAAGAAAGGGCGUCAUUUGACCGCCUUCUUGAAAAGCCUUCCUCUAGGCGCCGAUGGGAUGACCUCCUGGAGAGCCUUGACAAGGAGCACUUAACUUCUGAGGCACAGGAGGAUUUGAAAAGGGAAUUUUUAAAUGACGAAUACGCUCUUUCUUAUGUGGAUCCCGAUGCCGGCCGCCUAGCUCCGGAGACAGGCGGAGAGAUUAAGCUCGAGGCAAAGUUCACGUUCGCGCAAAGGGCAAAAAUCGAGCUCCUUCGCAUAGCUUACAUUGGCUAUGAAAGCAUUUACCGGGAGCACACGAAAAGUGUCGCAAGUCCGCACAGCCACAGGAUCGCCAUUCUCAACGUGUUAAGUCCAUUGAUGGAGUCAUGGCUCAAUACUUACAGACCACUAAUACAGACAUGCGCCGACCAGCCCAUUUCUUUGAAAACUCACUGCGAAAUAGACCGCGAGGGCCUGAGAAGUGGGUUCUACUACUGCCGGCUUUAUUUCUACUCGUUCGCACUACAGUUUGAGACCGACAGUAACGGCAAUAAGAAGCUCAGACCCAGCGACAUCACAAGAAGUGCACAUUAUGUUGAUCAGGCGUGUGCCGCGGCCAUCGAGGUUUUGGACUCGGCGCUACGUGUGCACGCCUUGCACAUGCUCAAAUACAUGCCCGUACAGUGGGUCACCCGCAUCGUGCGUUCCGUCGCGUUCAUCGUCAAAUGCUAUUUAACUUUGAGGGCUGCUCCCGAGACUGCUUCGUUGGACUCGGCGACAAGGGUGCUGAUGUUGAGCAUGAUACCCGGUGAAGAAAUCGUACAGAAGAUCCAGAGCAUUGCCGUAGCGAUGCGAGAAGCUUCUCCAGACUUGCUGCACCUGUGCUUCCGAUUCUCGAAGGUCCUGAUGUACCUUUGUACGGAGCUGACGUCGCGAGCCAAGUCUGACGUUGCACCCGCCAAACGAUCCCAGACCAAAGCAACGAGCCCAGAAACUGCGCUCCACGACAACGAAGAUGAAGACGACCACGACCACGACCACCACUAUCACAACCCUUCCGUUUCCAUUUCUCCACCGCCACCGCCAGCCGAGCCGACGCACGCUGCUACGGAUCUGCUCGACUGGUUCAUGACGAGCGAAGAAGUGGGCCUCGAUUUCGUCGCGCCCUGGACGGAAAUGAUCGAGCAGCAAUUCAUCAUUGGCGAUCUGACAAAGACCUAUGAUACUUUGUACAAUGAGGCCAUGGGCUUUGACUUCAACACCCAGUAG